AUGGAAGAUGGUCUUCCCGAAUAUCAAGUUAAACUUAUUGCCUUAAGUUCUUGUAUUGGGUCUGGUUUAUUCAUUAGUAGUGCUGAUGCAAUUGCUACUGCAGGUCCAGCUGGAUGUCUUAUAGGUUAUAUCAUUAUUGCAGUAUUGGUAUUCUUCAUCGUUCAAUCUUUGGGAGAAUUGACUUCUUCUUUCCCGGUUUCUGGAAACUUUCUUAAAUACAAUUCUCGUUUUAUUGAUGAAUCUUGGGGAUUUGCUAUGAACUGGAAUUACUGUUUACAAUGGGUCGUUACAUUGCCCUUAUCACUUGUUAGUGCAUCCAUGACUAUUGAUUACUGGAAUUCUAGCAUUAGUACUGCUGUCUGGGUAGCGAUUUUUUAUGUUAUUAUCUGUGCCAUUAAUAUUUUCGGUGUAAGAGGUUAUGGGUAUGGUGAAUCAUUCUUCUCAAUUAUUAAAGUUACUGGAAUUAUCGGAUUCUGUAUCCUUGCCAUUAUUUUAAUUACCGGUGGUGUUGGACCAAAUGGAUAUAUCGGAGCUCGUUAUUGGCAUAAUCCUGGCUCUUUUGCUAAUGGGUUCCACGGAGUUUUGAAUACUCUUGUUAAUGCAGCAUUUUCAUACCUGGGUACCGAGCUUGUGGGAUUGGCUGCUGGUUCUUCAAAACAUCCUAGGAGAACCUUAAAGAAAGCAAUUAAAAGUAUCUUCUGGAGAAUUUCUAUAUUUUAUAUGCUAUCAAUAAUUCUUAUUUGUUUCUUGGUUCCAUAUAAUGAUCCUAAACUUAUGGGUAAUUCAGGAUCAUCAGCAUCUCCAUUUGUUAUUGCAAUUACCAAUGGUGGGAUCAAAGUAUUACCAUCAAUAUUUAAUGUUAUUAUCCUUUUAGCAGUACUUUCAGUUGCCAAUGCUAGUGUUUUUGCUUCAUAUAAACCAUUAGUUGCACUUGCUGAAGCUGGUCAUGGUCCAAAAUUCUUGGGUUAUAUUGAUAAUAAAGGUAGACCUAUCUAUUCUUUAUUAAUUGCUUUAGCGUUUGGUUUAAUUGGUUUCGUAUGUGCAUCAAAAGCUCAAACCCAAGUAUUCAAUUGGCUUCUCGCCUUGAGUGGAUUAUCUACAAUUUUUAUCUGGUUUUCAAUUUCAUUGGCUCAUUUAAGAGUUAAUCAUGCCAUGAAAGUUCAAGGUAUACCUAAAGAACAAAAACCAUUUACUGCUAUUGGUGGAGAAUUCGGAGCUUAUUUUUCAAUAAUAGUAAAUAUACUUGUGCUUAUUGCUCAAUUCUAUAUUGCAUUAUAUCCAGUUGGUGGACCUUAUUUAAAUGCUUCGACAUUUUUUCAAGCGUAUUUAGCCGCACCCAUUGUUAUUUGUUUCUAUCUUGGUCAUAAAAUAUAUACUAAGAAUUGGAAAUUAUACAUAAAGGCUAAAGAUAUGGAUAUAACUACUGGUAGAACCAUUAUAGAUACUGAAUUAAUGCUUCAAGAAAUUGAAGAGGAAAAGGAGAGAAAACGUCAAUUACCGUUCUAUAUGAAAUUCGUCAAUUUCUGGUGUUAA